AUGACCAGAGGCUUCGGUUCGCGUGGAGGAUCCUCAGGUGGAUUUGGUUCAGGCGGUGGAUCCUCAGGAGGGUACUCUGGUGGUUCUAGAGGUGGAUUCGGGGGAUCAGGUGGAUCUCGAGGUGGAUUUGGAAGCUCAGGAGGCUUCGGCUCCGGCGGAUUUGGAUCGGGUGGAGGAUCCUCAGGCGGAUAUUCGGGUGGAUCAGGUGGAUCAUUUGGAGGGUCAGGCGGCUUCGGUGGAUCCGGUGGAUUUGGAUCAGGUGGAGGAUCCUCUGGUGGAUAUUCGGGUGGAUCAGGUGGUUCAUUUGGAGGCUCUGGCGGCUUCGGUGGAUCCGGUGGAUUUGGAUCGGGUGGAGGAUCCUCAGGCGGAUCCUCUGGUGGAUAUUCGGGUGGUUCAUUUGGAGGGUCAGGCGGCUUCGGUGGAUCCGGUGGAUUUGGAUCAGGUGGAGGAUCCUCAGGCGGAUAUUCCGGAGGAUCAGGCGGAGGCUUCGGAGGGUCAGGCGGCUUCGGUGGAUCCGGUGGCUUCGGCGGCGGUGGAGGAGGCUCCGGUGGCGCCGGCGGAUCGCUGGGCGGGUACCUCCCUCCAGCGGGGAAGUGA